GGUCACCACGCAGCCACCAGUCGGCACGGAGGAGGCACGGCUCACGGGCGGUGACAGGAGCUCCGGUCAGAGCUCGCUGUCCCCCACAGUCGCCCCCAGUGACCCGCGGUCAGCUCCAGUGAGCAGCUACAGUAGCCCACAGCAGUGGGACCUGUGUCCGAGAGAGUGAGAGGGGAGAGAGUGAUUGGUCAACAGUGAGAAGAGUGGAGCUGCCGUCAACAGUCGGCGGCCUCUGUGACCUCUCGUCUAUCACAGCGUCAACAGUGUCUCCAGUCACGUGGUCUCGCUGUCUCGCGCGGCGCCAGUACUGGCCGAGUCACGUGCUCUGACUGACUGACGCGCCAAACUCGAGUAGGCGCAGGGAAAGUUGGCGCCGCCGGCCUGCGUUCUGCACACACCGCCUCCUCCUCUGACUCAGACACUCGCCAGAUAUGAAGCCAAGAAGAUUGAUACAGUGUGCGAUUGGCAUUUUGCUGCUCACUGUCUGCUCAACCGCCUCGGCAGAAAAAGAUGCCGCCUCAACAGACUCGGACUCGGGAGGUCGCGACCGCUCAGGGGACUCGCGCGGCCUCUUCAAGGAGCUGGUGAAGGGCGCCCUGGUGCUGGCCGGUAACAGCGUGCUGGGCCCGAACGUGACCAGCGCGCUGCGGCCGCUGGCCAGCCCGCUGGUGGACCGACUGCUGCCGGAGGACGGCCUGGGCGGCCUGGGCGGGCCAUCCCAGCCGCUGGACCCCGCGUUCGGCCAGCAGUCGGGGGCUGCUGCCGCGACGGCCGUGCAGCCGGUGGCGCAGACGGCGGCGGCCCAGCAGAACAGCGGCCAGCCGGCGCCCAGCUGCACCACGCCCCAGCUGACCAGCGGAGAGUGCCGAGACCUCAGCGCCUGUCCGCAGAUGCUGCUUGACCUGGGCAACCUGCGCAACAGCAUCUGCUUCCAGUCGCUGUUUGUGCCCGGCGUCUGCUGUCCCAGCACGGGCUCAUCAUCCAGCGGCGUCCAGACGGCGGUGGCGCAGCGGCCGGUCCGGCCUGCUCCGGUGCCCACCCGGCCGUCGUUCGGCGGCUCUCUGGGCCAGGGUCUGGGCCAGGGCCUGGGCCCGCAGAGGCCCCAGAGGCCGCAGCCGCCGCGCCCGCUGCCCCCCAUCGCCGGCCGGCCCCCGCCGGUGUCCCGUCCGCCGCCAGUCAGCAUCCCCGGCGUACCCGUAACACCGCAGCGGCGCUUCCCCUGCGGAGUGCCGCAGUCCCCCCAGUUCCGUGUGGUGGGAGGCGACGUGUCCCGUCCGGGCCAGUGGCCCUGGAUGGCCGCCAUCUACCUGCACGGAAAGGGUCGCAAGGAGUACUGGUGCGGCGGAUCGCUCAUCUCCAGCCAGUACAUCAUGACGGCCGCCCACUGCACCAAGGACUCCAAGGGAAAGAGCUUCCACCCUCGUCAGUUCACGGUCCGCCUGGGCGACACGGACCUCUCCACACAAUCGGAGGCCUCGGCCACCGUCACGUACCGCGUGUCCGAGUACACGGCACACCCCGACUUCAAGUUGAACGGCUACUACAACGACAUAGCGCUGUUCAAGCUGGACCGGCCGGUGGACUUUAAUGAGUUCACCAUCCCCAUCUGCCUGCCGGAAGAGUACGAGGGCGCCGCGCUCGACUCGCUGGUCGGCAGGACGUCCCACGUCAUCGGCUGGGGCGUCACCACAUACGGCGGUAAGGAGUCGCCUCAGCUGCGCAGUGCAGAGCUGCCCAUCUGGACCCAGCAGAGCUGCGACGAGGCCUACUUCCAGCCCAUCCAAGAGAUGUUCAUCUGCGCGGGCUACGACGACGGCAGGAAGGACGCCUGUCAGGGCGACUCUGGCGGCCCCCUCGUCUACUACGAGCGCGGACGCUACAUGCAGCUGGGCAUCGUCUCCUUCGGAAACCGGUGCGCCCAGGCCGGCUACCCAGGCGUCUAUACGCGAGUCACCAACUUCCUGCCUUGGAUCCGACAGAACCUGCGAGUGUGAUCGUGUGGGGUCGUAGGACCUUCGGGUGUGACUGAGAGAGACCACAGAACCUCCGAGUGUGACCGAGAGGGACCACAGGACCUCCGAGUGUGACCAGGCGGACCAUAGGACCUCAGGGUGUGACUGAGUGGGACCACAGGACCUCCAGGUCGGACCGGACGGGACCACAGGACCUCAGAGACUGACCGGGACCGGCGGCCGAUGGCCAGUCGCGGUCGAUACAACAGUGUACUUACCACUGGCUGAGGGACUUUGCGCGGCGCCUGCGCCGAAUGCGACCCACUUCUGCUGGCUAAAGACGUCUGUGUGCAGUGAAAGGGUAGUGACUCAUGCCUACGUAUUUACUCAAUCGCUGGUGCCGUUGGGUGUCGAUAAAUUUCGACAAGGUGCUACUUGUAGAAGACUUCGAGCUGUGACUGUCAUCAGUGCAACCUCAAGUUUGCAGCCGGGUGGUUUCCGCCUUCCACGCGCAUCCCUUGAGUUCAGAUUCCAAGCUCAUCACUCAUGACCCUGACCUUGUCGGAUCGCGGUCAGGUCCAGGUCCGUGCUCACUGUGCAGCGCGGCUCAGCAGGGAAGGCAUGGGUGUCGCUUUGUAUAGGCAUGGUAGGGCCCGAGCCCUACCAAUAAUUUUGGAAAUUUAACAUUAUGCCUAUGGCGUUGCGUGGAAAGAAUCGCUUUGAAUUGGCAAAAAUUUACAUUAGAGCCCUACCAAUAAUUUUCGGAAAGUGUCGCCCCUGAGGGAAGGGGAGGUGCAGGACAGAAGGUGUCUCCUCAACUGAAAAACGGUCGGCCGACGAGUGAGUGUUCGAUCGAGCCGGUGAGUGAGACGGUCGAUCGCGCCUCAAUCGCGAUUCGCUGUUGCCACCGCCGCCGCUACCGCCGCCGCCGGCCGGCCUCAGUGAAAGUGCUGCUCGUUGCCCGUGGGUCCUCCGGCCGGGCCGUGCGCGGCUCGCUGGCACGGCCCGACCACGGCGCGGCUUGUGCCGGCCUCCCGGACCGCCGGCGGCCUCCCGGCGAAACAGAAAGCCGCCCAGGCGUGGGCGACCGCGGACGGGCGGCACACGCCACACUGACGUGCGAAUCGCCCGCCGCUCGAGAGGUGCUCGGCGCCCAAAGUGAAACUGUUUUUUAUGCUUUUGGUGAUGUCUGAGCAUUAAGUGACACAGCCACGUUGCUAAUGUUUUAAAUGUUAUAAAAUGUGGAUUUUGCGAGUGUUUGCUGUUUGCGGUAACAAUCAGGGUCGCAAUGCCAUGUGUAUGUUGUUUGGCAUCAUAUGCUCAUUACCCAGUAGCUAACAUGCGUCCCAAGGUACUCAAUUGUUACCGAUCAUUUGAUAUGUAAUACACGUUACAUAAACGACGUGACUGAUACUUUGAAAGUUCCUUAUAAUAUGCCAAUUUAAAGGCAAUACUAUCGGUGUGAUA